AUGCGUUUCUCUACUAUCUUAACUACUGUCCUCGCCGCUGGCACUGCAGUUGCCACCCACUCCCAUCCCGCCAAGCGCAAUAUUGAGGUCGACCUAUCCGGCGUCUCCAUCUUGGACAUUGUCAGCGCUCUGGUCGACAAGCUUCCCAUCGAUGGCGCUGUUAACGAUAUCACCGGUGGCCUUCUGGAUCUUACCCAGGUUGACGUUCAAGCUGUUCUCAACUGCGUCACUGAUGAGCUGCCCCUAUCUGCCAGCGUGAAUCUCUUCCCUAUGCCAACCACCAGCGCUGGAAAGACCUUCACCAUUACUCGCACCCACACCGUCUACGUUGCCCCUACCGAGACACCCAGUGUUCAGAAGCGCGAUAUCAUCGACCUGUCCAACAUUCCUAUCCUCAGCCUUAUCUCUGCCCUUGUUGAUAAGCUCCCAAUCGAUGCCAGCAUCAGUGUCCUCCCCGGUGGUCUCUCGGACCUUACCGACCUCACUGACAUCAGUUUGUUGAGCAUCGUCACCUGCAUUCUGAAGAACCUUGGCAUCAACCUCUGA